UUUGAAGGAGUCUGGACGUCAGUGGCUGAAGCUGUUUGGGAGCGCUCUGAUUGACCACCUUGGCUUCCGAGAUAACUUUCUUAUGAUUGGCCACAGGGGACUGGCCAGUGGAAGCGCCAUUGAAUAUCAUAUCACUAAAAGGGACAAGUCUGAAGCCUUUGCUCCACCAAUUGAAAAGGCUGGAUGCUUUUCUUUUCCAUUGGGUAACAAAGUGAACAUGGACAACACAAUGCCUGAAGUUCUUUAUGGGGAAGAAAUCAAGGUCGGAGCUCGCAUCGAGAACUGUGGACUUCCCCUGCCAUGUCGAGAUGGCAGCAUAGCUGUACAAGUUGACACAGGCAUUGGUGACUCCAGGCAACCUAGUAUAUGUGUGGGUGACUACAUAAGAAUGGAUGGCUCUACCAAUAGUGCAGGGAGAGGUUUUAAUGUGGUUGUGUUGGACCCUCACAGUCUGCAACCUGUACGACUGUCACACAUGGACACUUACACGUCUGACAGUACCGAUCUGGAGUUAUUGCUGGAGUCCCUGCACAUGAAUGAGAUUGUCAUUGCAGUCAUUGCCGAUGAUGCCUCCAGGAAACUGGGCCAAAGUGCCAGGGACAUGCUGAACAAGCUGGGCAGCGGUCACAUCCAGAACCUCCGUUUCCGAGACGUUUGGUACUUUGUAGGCCAGAAGGGAAUCGAAGGUUUCACGCAGAUGGAACAGUUAAGCUUUUCUGGCUUUGAUGGUGGGUGGCCGAAACCAUUGACAACUAGGUUCUGCGUCCCUAGAAAGGUUCCUACCAGUCAAAUAAUGAUUGAACCAGAGAGCAGGCGCAAUGACCGGCGUAGACAGUUCUGUUCCAAGUAUGAAGGCUACACUGACUUUUGUAACCCUGCGAGUGUGGAUGAUGAGCUGAAGGCAAUAUCUGUGGCCAGCAAGGAGAUGAAGGGACACGAGAUAUUUAAUGUUCCUGUGAUCAUUAUUCCAGGGCUCAAUCACAACACGUUUGUACACACACUCCAAACAACCCUGAUGCAACCAGGCAUCAAGGUGGAGAAUGUGGCGGUCUUUUGGGAUGAGAAGCUGCCUGAGUAUGGAGAGUUAGCUGCCCUGUUUGGCUUCCAGAAUUACAGUUUGGAGACCAGCACUUCCUACUCAGAACAAUUGAUGAGAGCAGUCAGGUUGUCAAGAACGGUGUUCCCCAAGGCACAACACAUGAUAAUCAUAGAAGAAGACCUUCUACUGGCCCCUGACUUCAUGUCUUUCAUGGCCCAGAGUCUUCGUGCUAUUAAUAACGACCCGACUUUAGCUGGAGCCACUGCCUGGAACAUCAAUGGAUUUGAAGACCUAUCUGGCAACAGUAGCUUGGUGUACAGGGUGCAGGAGUUCCCUGGCCUGGGGUUCCUCAUGAAGUCGGAGAUCCUUCAGAGUUUAAUUAAUUCCUGGAACAACUGCUGUAAAAAUAGGGCUUGGGUGGGCUGGCUGUCGGAAUCCAGCGAACAGGAAAUGCUAAUGCCAGAUGUUUCACGAGUCUACAGGAGUCCAUUCUUUGGAGCUGAGGCUGCAUCUGAUUUAGCCAGGCGCCUGUUUGUCAAACCUCGGAGAACGUAUUUAGAUGCUGAGCCACCGCGGCUGAGCCUGGAGUCAGUAAUAGGGCAGCAGUACGAUGCCUUUCUCCAGACUCAGAUUAUGAGGGGUGAGGUGAUCCCUCCUGAAGAUUUGGUCGAAUGUGUCAGAGGGCAGCCCACACUGCCAGAUUUCUCCCAGUUGAGCAAGCUUCCUCUCGUGAUCUACUACCACCAGGAAAGCACCAGUGAUGUGGAGCUUUUGCUGAAGCUUUGCAACUGCUUUGGCUUGGUUAUCGUAGAGAAGAAUCAGCCCAAAAAUUUACACAGAGGAUUAUUAAGAUUUGUCUACCAAGAACAUGAUGUCUUCCUUGUGGGAUCCAUGACCCCGUUCUUCAAAGCUCAGUUAAACACAACAGACAUUCUUUCCCCAUCACACAUUUCCACGUGA